AUGGACUUUCUCGACCAGCCGACACACACACUGAUCCUGAAUGACCUAGCGGCCUGCCUUGCGCGCGAUGCAGCUGCUGGCGUGCUGGACGAGUCAGACUUUGCCGCGCUGCAGUACAGCGGCGCGUCGUCGAGCGAGCACGCCUUUGUGAGUGUCUCGUCGGUGCGCGCGAACCUGGCGCAGGCGCGCUUCGCUGCAGCGACGGCCGACGCGAUGGCGGCGUCCGGUGCGCCUGCCCACGACGCCGCGUACACGUACCUCGAGCGCGUCGCCCAAACACUGUACAGCGCCGCUGCGCAGCUGCCGCACACGGACCUCGAUGGCAGCCUGCAGGGCCAGGGCCAGUGGCCCCUCCCUGACGAGCUCGCGUACACGUACGUCGAGACACUCCUCAAGAUCGGCGCGUGCGUGCCAGAGACGCGGCUCCCGGUGCUGCAGGCCGUGCAGCAGCUCGUCGACGGCCUGCGCCACCAGCUGCAGACGGACACCUCAGCGGCCAGCACGAUGCGCUGCGUGCCCCAGGUGCACGGCGUCGCGCGUGCGAUCCAGGACGUGGCGUUCCCGUGGGACACGGGCGCGCUCACGCGCCUCUCGGCGUCCCUCGCGCCGCUCGUCGAGGCCGCCGUCGUCCACCGCCUCGACGCCGCGCUCGUCGUCCUGCCCGAGCAGGCGGCGGCCGCACAGCAGUGCCGCGCCGUCGCUCAGGCGCGCGGCGCCCCGCCGGCGCCGCAGGGCGUGCCACACGAGAGCGCCGCGCACCACCGCCUGCUCGAGCACUAUGCGCGCCUCGGCACGCCGCUGAGCGGCCACUUUGUCGCGCGGUGCGCGCUGGGCGCGAUGGCGUCCCUCCUGGCGCAGGGCCUGUGUGGCCCCGCGGCCCCGCGCGACGCGCCGGCCUAUGCGUCGGCGUGGCGCGCGCAGGUGCAGGGCGCGGCGAGCCGCCCCCUCGAUGCGAGCGAGCCUGUGCCGACGAUUGUGCGUGCGUACGAGGGGGCCGUCGCAGCGCUGUCGCUGGGCGGCGCUCUGCCGGCGGAGCUGUACGUCGGCGAGACGCUGUGCACGUCGCUCAAGGCCCUCGUGCUGGCGGCCGCGGCGGGCGCGCCCGGCGCCGAAGCGCUAGCGCUCGAUAUCGUGCGGAGCACCCUGAGCGAGCAGGCGCCCCUGCACGACGCAUCGCUGCAGCGCGCGGCGCUCGAGGGCGUCGCAGUGCUGGGCCGCGUGUACCCUGCGCAGGUGCCGGGCCUGCUCGCGCAUGUGCGUCGCUGGACGGCGCUGCCGCUCCAGCUCCUCGAGGCAGACCUCGCGAGCGGGGCGACGCUCCUCGACACCGCGGCGGCGAGCCUGGUGGCGUGCAUGCGUGCGGGCGGCGCCGAGCCGACCGACCUCGCCGUCUCGACGACGUACGCCCUGCUGAACCACCUGACGCGCGACACUGUCGUCGCUGGCGCGGCGCCUGCGAGUGUGCUCGUCAACAGCACGCUGACCGUCGUGGCCGGCCUCGCGCUGCAUCUGCGCACGCCGUCGUUCACCGCGCUGGUCGUGUCGCUGCUGCUCCAGCGCCUCGAGGGCCACAGCCGCGUCUCGCCGUCGCUCGUGCUCCUGCGCCUCGUGGCGCUUGCGCCCGAGGCGCCGCGCUCCAGCUUUGACAGUGUGCUCGCCGCGCUCAGCACCGCGGCGCGCGCUGCGCUGCGCCGCGACGGCCCACUGCCCCUGGGCGGCGUCGCUGCGGCGCUCCUGCGCCUCGCGCGCGUCCUCGAUGCGGCUGCUGAGGCGCGCGCGGCCAAGAUCGAUGCAGCGCCCGACGGCGCGAGCCGCAAGGCCGCAUGUAUCCCCGUGUACCUGGCGCUGCUGGUCGAGGCGGGCCUGCACACGCACGGCGGGCGCACGGCGGCGCGCGAGGCCGUGCAGAUGCUCCUGCCGGCCGUUGCGACGCUCGUCGCGCACGAGGACGUGCAGGUGCACCUGCACGCGCCGACGGAGCUCGUGUACCUGUUCCGCCAGGCGUGGGUCGUGCUGUCGCUGAGCGGCGCGACGCGCCGUGCGCCUGCGGCGCGGGGCGAUGCGCUGCAUGUGCUCGCGCUCAAGACGCCGACGCUCCUGCCGGACAGUGUGCGCAACUAUGUCGACGACGAUAUUGACACGCACAGCGUGCUCAAGCAGGACACGCUCGGCGCGACGCCCGCGUCGGUGCGGCAGGCGCUGGGGCUCGGCGCGCGUGCGCUCGAGUCCGUGCGCACGCUCUCGCUCGCGCGCCUGGCGUUUGUGCAGGCCGUGCUCGACGUCGAGCAGCGGCGCGCGGCGUGCGGGCGCGUGUCCAUGGCGCUCGCGUACCUCACGCACCCUGGCGUAGCGUCGUCGUCUCUGGCCGCGCCGCUGUGCGAGGUGGCGGCGCGCGUGCUGGACGCCUUCGUCACGCACGCUGCGGACCGGCAGCACGCGCACGCGGUCGAUGGCGUCCUCGCGGACGAGGUGCGCAACGUGCUGCUGGCGCUGUGCCACGCGCGUGCCGAGGUCCGCGAGCUCGCGCACCUGUACCUGGAGCGGCUCCCGUCCGUGCUGCCGUCCGUGCUCGCGCACCCUGAUGUGGUGGUGACGAUGCUCGAGCUCGUGGCGCUGCUCGGCCGCGCGUGCGAUGCGGAGCUGGACGAGGCGUACAUGCCCGCGUACACGUACCGCUCCCCCAUCGCGAACAUCAGCAUCGACGUGUCGGACCUGUACGCGGAGCGGCGCGAUCGCCUGAGCGAGGUGCUCGCGCGCGUGCGCCGUCUCCUCUCGCAUGCGCAGGAGGCGACGCCCCACACGCUGCGCGGCGCCCUGCUGCGCUACCUGCACGACGAGGCGUCCGCGGACGGCCUCGGCGCGAGUCUCGCGCUGGACUAUGCGCGCGGGCGGCCGCAGCCCAUUGGCGUGUCGAAGGUGCGGGGCGACGCCGCCGGCCCGCUCGCGCACGACCUGCUCGUGCAGGGCGCGAGCCAGGGCGCGAUGGGCUCGGCCAGCGAGGCCGAGUGCGAGCAAGUGCGUGCGGCGCUCGCGGCGGCGCUCGAGCGCGCGGCGCCUUCGCCCGACGCGCUCGCCGCGCUGCUGUACCGCGGCGGCGCGCUGGUCGUCGAGCGCACGCCGCUGGACCUCGAUCUCGUGUCGUUCCUCGUGCUGGUGCCGAUGCACGUGUGCACGAAGGCGGCGCUCACGACCGCGACGCAGGUGUGGACGUGGGUGCUCGCCGAGCGCCCGUCCGCGCUCGUGGCGCUGGUCGGCGCGAUCGCGCAGGGCUGGGCGCGCACGGCGGAUGCGCGCCAGGGCCUGUACGCGACGACGCUGCGGGCCGACAGUCCGCUGGCGCGCCCCACGUCCAUGACGGCGCUGGACCACAAGGCAGUCGCGCUCGAGGCGCAGCGGGCCGACGAGCUGCUGACCGGGCACAUGCUCGUGCUGCAGGUGCUCGAGGAUGUGCUGGCGUCGUUUGGCGCGUCGAGCGCGCCGCUGAUGAGUGUGCUUGUGUGGCUCGUGCAGCACAUCGUCGAGUCGGCGCCGCGGCUGAGUGCGCACCCCGUGAUGCGUGCGCCGCGUCUCGCGCUGGCGUCGCUCGCACUGCGCGUGCUCGCUGCGGCGCAUGUUGAUGUGCUCGUCGAGGCGCGCCUGCGCGACGGCAUCGCGCGCCUGCUGCUCGACUGGUUCGCGCAUCCGCCGACGUGGUCGUUUGGCGGCGACCUGCGGCGCGCCGAGCAGGAGCUGCGCCUGCUGCGCUCGGUCGGCGCGGCGCUGCGGGGCGCCACGCUGCGGGCCGACUCGCUCGUCGCUACCGCGACGAUCGCGCCGCCUGCGCGUGUCACGCUGCACAGCGCACAGCCUCUGGCGCCGCGGUGCACGCUCGCGCAGGCGCUCACGCAUCUGCAGGCGGAGCUGCGUCUCCUGCAGCUGCUGCUGGAGAGCGAGGAGGCGCGCUUGCUCGUGUGGCGGCACCCGACCGAGUCGUGCGCGAUGCCUGCGCCGCAGGCGACGCUCGCGGAUCUGCGCACGGCGUGGCUCAUCGAUGGCCGCGUCGCUGUGCAGCUGUGCGCGCGCUUCCGCGACCCGGCGCUGCGCACGGAGCUGGGGCGCCUCGUGCGCGCGUCGCCGCACCGCGUCGUCGCGUGCUCCGAGGCGGUCGCGUACCUGCUCGCGGCGCCUGCCGAGGGCCGUGCGCGCUCGUGGCUGCACCUGUGGGCGCCCGAGCCGCCCGUGGCCGCGGUCGGGCGGCUGACGCCCGCGGGCGGCGCGCGCGACCCGCUGGUGCUGCAGUAUGCGAUGCGCGCGCUCGAGGCGUACCCGAUCGACCUUGUGUUCUUCUAUGUGCCGCAGCUGGUGCAGACGCUGCGGGACGACUCGCUGGGGUACGUCGCCGACUUUGUGCGCAAGACGUCGCGCAUUUCGCAGCUGUUCUGCCACCAGAUCCUGUGGAACAUGCAGGCGAACACGCACAAGGACGACCUCGGCGAGGUCGAGGAUGCGCUCAAGCCGACGCUCGACCGCCUGUCGAGCGAGAUUGUCGCGCAGCUGUCGGGCGAGGCCCAGGCGUUCUACGAGCGCGAGUUCACGUUCUUCCAGGAGGUGACGUCGAUCUCCGGCAAGCUCAAGCCCUACAUCAAGAAGAGCAAGCCGGAGAAGAAGGCCAAGAUCGACGAGGAGCUCGCGCAGAUCCAGGUGCUCGAGGGCGUGUACCUGCCGUCGAACCCCGAUGGCGUCGUCGUGGACCUGGACCGGCACAGCGGGCGCCCGCUGCAGAGUGCGGCGAAGGCGCCGUUCAUGGCCACGUUCCGUGUGCGCCGGCCCCUGGCGGAGCACGAGCGCCGGGAGCCUGAUGCGCCGGCGCAUGUGGAUGUGUGGCAGAGCGCCAUCUUCAAGGUCGGCGACGACUGCCGGCAGGACCUGCUGGCGCUGCAGGUCAUCGCGCAGUUCAAGAACAUCUUCUCGGCGAUCGGGCUGGGCGUGUACCUGGACCCGUACCGCGUCACCGCGACGAGCCCCGGGUGCGGUGUGAUUGACGUGGUGCCGAACGCGACGUCGCGCGACGAGAUGGGCCGCCAGAAGAUCAACGACCUGCCCACCUUUUUCAUGCAGCGCUACGGCGAUGUGCAGUCGGUGCCGUUCCAGCGUGCGCGCCUGCACUUUGUGCAGUCGAUGGCGGCGUACUCGGUGGUGUGCCACCUGCUGCAGAUCCGCGACCGGCACAACGGCAACAUGAUGGUCGACGGCGAGGGCUAUCUCGUGCACAUCGACUUUGGGUUCCUAUUCGACAUUGGCCCUGGCGGCAUGCGCUUCGAGCCGUACUCGUUCAAGCUCACGCACGAGAUGGUCCAGGUCAUGGGCGGGCCGCACUCGCCGGGCUUUGCGCUGUUUGAGCAGCUCGUCGUCAAGGCGUUCCUCGCGUGCCGCCCGUUCGCGGACGAGAUUGUCGCGACGUGCGGCCUGAUGCUCGGCACGGAGCUCCCGUCGUUCAAGGGGCCUGCGACGAUGCAGCGCCUGCGCGACCGCUUCAAGACGGAGCUCUCGGAGCGCGAGGCGGCGCAGCAUGCCCAGUGGCUCGUCAAGGACGCCUACGGCAACAUGCGCGGCACGCUGUACGACCUCAUCCAGGAGAAGCAGAACCAGAUCCCGUACCGUCGAUAG